UGCAAUGUGGUCACGAUGUCCGGUGCAUCAGGACUCAAGCCAUCCGUGAUAUUACCUAGGAACAAUAACGGCGCGAGGAGUAAAAUUUGCAAAUUGACUUCGCCGAAAUCUCUGAUAUCGCCUUUAACUGGAAAUUCGUCGAAGAAGUCGCAAGAAUCCGCCACGGAUUCUCCAUCGUCCAGUCCCGCCAAGUCUUCCGUGUCGUCGACAUCCCCACGUCGAAGUGUUCAAAGCGUGGAAUCCAGUAAAAAGUCGCCUAAAAGAUAUUUGCAGCAGGAGGAGCGACAGCAAACGUCGCAGGUACAACCGUAUUGUCCGAAAGCUUCUCCGAAACGUUCACCUAGAAGAUACAUAUCUGUGUUUGAGGAAGAUUUUCUACAAGACGAGAUGGUUCUCGGCCUUCGUGUCUCUUCCACGGGUGGUGGAAACGAGCCAGGAAUGUCGUUUUUAGAAUUCGAGUCGCUUUACACGUUAGAAAAGGAGUUGAUGCAAUCGCGACAAGAUGUAGGUCAAGUGGACGACAAGUGCAUCUUUGGUGGGUGGUUUGGUAGACGAGGCCUUUACACCGAGCUACCAGAACCGCUGUACCAACAAGCGAUCGCCGCGGCAACUACUACAUCAUCCCAGAUCCCAACAGAGGGAUUCAGCUUCGCACCUGGGUGGUCCCUGAAUGUUGAACACUUCUAUCAGUGGCAGAAUCGGGGCAAAACUACGCAGCAGAUCUAUACCGACUGGGCGAAUUACUAUUUGGAGAGAGGUGGGUGCAAGAGAAGGGUGACAGAUCUUCAGUCGGACCUUUGUGACGGUGUUCUUCUAGCUGACCUAGUUGAAGCAGUCACCAAUCAAAAGGUGAUUGACGUAAAUAGAAAGCCGAGGAACGCUCAACAAAUGGUCGAGAACGUGAGCCUGUGCGUAGGAGCGCUCCGAGCUCUUGGGGCGGACGUGGGCUCCGUGAAUCCUGGCGAAUUGGCUGCAGGAUCAACCCUCUGGCCGGUCCUCGCCCUUCUUUUCGCCCUCUCGCGAUACAAGCAGAGAGCCAAACAGCUUCAAGACAUGCCUAGAUUGCCGUCUCCGUACAAUAAGCAGUCGGCAGUGGGUGGUGCAGGUGGCGGACCCGGCGCUGGAACGACGAGUAUACCCUUACCUGCCACCGUAGCCGCCACCAGGAGAUGUCCUCCAGACAAGGUUAGGCCCGCUCCAACGCCGACGCAUCAAUCACAACUUGGUGGUUUAAAACAUGGAAACGGUGGCAUAGGCAGUGCAAGCAGUUCGAGAAGCACAAGUCCGAGUCAGCAACAGUCACCCCAAAGCGGACUCUCUUUCAUUCCUCAGCCCAGAAAUCAGAAUUCUACGAAUAGACAACCUGCAGCUACUACUCCAAGCCCUCGAACGUCUACGGUGGGCAAACCCAGCGGCGUAAGGACUGCUCAACAAUCGCCAUACGCCACCACGGGAGCUCCCACCCAGCAAAACAAGAACUCCGUCUUAGACAAAUUCAAACUCUUCAACAACAAAGAGAAGAAUCAAGAUCGUGGUAAAGCUUCGUCCGGUGUGUCGAAACGUACAUCCAGUUCUUCCGGCUUUUCCUCGGCGAGAUCGGAACACUCCGAUAGCUCGACGUCGCUGUGCGAUCAGAGCAAGUUGCAAGUGGAAUCGCCCAAGAGUCGUGCGCUGAAAUCGAAGCUGCAAUCGACCAAGCCGGCGAAACAGGCGAGCCCGAAGACAGUGAGAAAAGAGCAGAGCAAAGCUCAAAGUAAAAUAGCACGGACGAAGGGUGCACCUGAUAAAUUGGUCGGCUAUAAUCCGCCCUUGGAAGAUGUCAAGCCGACCAGUAAAAUCGGUGGCGUGGGGGCCAAACCGGCCGUGGACAAAAAGUCCUCGAAUCUCCAUGAUCUGCUGAAGCAACAGCCUAGCAGUCAACUGCAGAAACCGAAUCCUUCCGUAUUGAUGCCUCCUAAGCAAAUCGCUCCGCAAGACGUGAAGAACUUUGGCAGCUUGAAGAACGACUCGUCGAAACAGUCGCCCAGACCCAAGAUGGAGCUGCCAGCCAAGAUACCCGACACGAAAGUUCAUCUGCAAAACAUGAAGGUUCCACCGAACGGAUUGAACAAGGACGUUCUAGCGCAGAAAGUAUUAUUGAGCAAUACGAAUGGAAUGAUCAAGCAGACUGAGCACGAAGAAAUCGUCAUCACCAACGAGAAUAGUUCUACGAUCGAUCACACGUUGUCUAUGAACCAAGCGAAUUUGUGCGACCAAAAGUCGACGGUCGAGAAGCAAAAGGAGAUCGGUGAGAACGUACUGACGAAUAAUCAAGCGACACCCGUGGAAAAUAGCAAUCCGUCGAAGCAACAAAAUACGAGCCUGCCCGUGAAAGCUCGAAUUCCAAACGAAGUACACGAGACAGAAAGGAUAAAUGGAAAGCAAACACCGCCCGUUUCUCCUCGUAACAGCCCGGAAACACCGAUGGAUGUAAAAAUGGCAAGCAUUCAAGAGAACCCGGCAGCUGCUGCAACAACUCACGUUAACGUUCCUCCUCACGGGCAAGUUUCGAACGCGCUAAAUUUUGGAGCGAAUAAGCAGCCACCGGUUCUUAAUAGUCCACUGCAAGGUUCAACCUUGGGCGCUUCCGGGAGCCCAGGUUCCAGCAUUCCGAAGCCCACGGCCUUGGUGAAAGGCACUUCGAAACCACCGAAGGAAAACAACAUGCCAGGCGCACCGACGCCCACAAAAUUAAAGGCAGACGCUUUGCAUCGUAAGCUCGAUCCGAACACGGUUGCAAUGGUGUCACCAAUGCCAAGUAUCUCGGACCUGAUGUCCGAGAGCUCUCAUAGUAAUUCUAAUAGUACUGGUCAGAGUAAUUCCAGCGACAGCAGCGUUAUUUAUAGGCCCAGCAGCGAAAGUGGCAGCGAAAUCAAAACCAUACCUAACAGGAAAAUUGACACAACCUUCGAACAAAUGGAGAAGGUUUUGUCAGAAAGUUCAACGUGCGGUGGAGGUUCUAUGGGUGACGACGAAGCAGAGAUGACAGUGAAGCCUAUGCAGCCUCUACUUCGCGGUUACACGCCGGGUGCAAGGGCCCUUCAGACCUUACCAAGCAGAACAACAGCGCGACAGUACACGAUUCUUCAUUCUUCUUCUCAUCAUCAUGUCGGUCACGAUUACGCGGACAUCGACGUCGCCUCCGGUUAUCUAAGCGACGGGGAGGUUCUUCGAGGUGGCAUGACCGUUGGUAGUAGAACUAUAUCCGACUUGUGCGAUGGUUACAUGUCCGAGGGCGGUGCCUCGUUGUACGCACGCAGAAUCAAUCCGUCUUACGGCCACGAUCACGAGAGAUACGUGGGUGGUUCGAGGCGAGAAUUGUCAGGGGUGAAAGAACUGGUGACCUCGAGAAGGGUGCAGAAGAGACCCUCGGCAAACGUUGUAAGGUCGGAUGGAGGUUGCAUCGGGAGCAGUCCAGGAAGUGGCAGCGUCAUCGCAGGCGGCUUGUUAGGCGGUUGCAGCGGUGGCAACGACGCCUUAGCGGAGUUAACCAUCGAGGACCUGGCAUCUAUUCCCGCCGGAAAUCACACCUCCGCCAAUCACACAGGCCAUUCCUCUCAUCACAAGAGGGUGCCGGGUGGUGGAGGCGUGAUUGUGGGGGGUGGCGGUAAUUCGGCCACCCCCCAGGGUGCACAACAGGGGAGUAACCUGGUAUACCGUGUGGUGAGCUCCAGACAUCCUGGUCAUCAUCCGCACGUGAAAAAGUCGGACAGUUCUCAGCAAACGGACAACUCGGCGUUCAAACAUCAGCAACAGCCAGGCUUGAAUAGCUCGACGAACAGCAGCUCAAACAGCCAGCAAUGGAAAAAAUAUAUCGAGGCUGGAGCUGCAAGGGAUCGGGAGAGAGACAAGGAGGCUGCACCUCCGAGUCCUAAUCCCUCCAGGCGAUCUCAGGAGAAACAUCGGAAACAGGCCAUGGCCGAGUAUGCGAACGGCGAAAAACCACAGAAAGUUUCAUCGGGAACAUCGACGAGCGGCAGCAGCAAAGUUAGAGGUGUACCACAGAGUUUCGGAUAUGUUAAGAGACACAGCGCUGGCACCAGCCCCAGUCCCAACGGAGUUCAAAAUGGUGGCAAAGAUUCGACGAGAACUGCUCAAGUUAGCGCAGUUCCAAGAACGAAGGUCAAAGUAUCCGGUGGUACUCAAACAUGUACUACAGAACUUCAAGCCAACUCUUCCACGUCGAAUCAAGGACAUCAUUAUAAGAGUUACAGCCUCACAGGUCCUAGCGCCAGCCAACUUUCUCAAUCAGUGCGAGAUCGUCUUAUGCUCGGAUCGCAAAGUUUACCAAAGCCUGGUAGCCCAGAAUUCACGGCGCUAUUUGCAUCCGCGCAUCAUCGCGAAAGAGGAUCCGGUGCAGGACCAACGGCUACUUCCUUCUCACCGCGGGUACUCAAACCAUCAGAUGGAAGUCUCAGCGAUACGUGCAGCAAUUACGCGGCCCCUGAUCUGCAAGGAUAUUACACUCCCAAUAGUCCGUAUACUACAUCUUGGAUGAGACACAGCAACACGUACACGCCAAGUGGACGUUCUCAAGGAAUGGGAUUGUGCGAAGCUGACAGCGUAGAAUCAUUAGGAUCGCAUCGGGCAAGCUUAACACACGCUCGCUUGUUGAUACAUCAGAGAGACUCGACAGGAUCUCCAGCUCCACCGAGACUUAAUAGAAGCAAUUCUAUUAGCCAUCUGCGGGACAGGACAUUCCCAAGAUCCACGAAAAGCGAAAAAAUGUAUCCGUCAAUGUUAGCUAGAGGAAGUGGAGCUUCGUCUUCCGUUGGCGAGGAAGUCGGAGUCGGAAUAGGAAUGGGCGUAGGCGUUGAACCAUAUUACAGCGUUCCUGUAGGAUCUACCGGGUGUACGGGACAACACUGGUCUCAACCGACGUCUCCAACGCCUACGCACACUUCUCGGCAACCACCUAAUCUUUACCAACACGUGCAUAAGGACGACGAUAUCCACGGUUCUUCCGUAUCUUUGGUAUCGACAGCGAGCAGCCUAUACAGUUCAGCCGAGGAGAAACAGGCACACGAGCUGAGAAAAUUACGACGAGAACUCGUGGACGCUCAAGAGAAGGUUCACUCGUUGACUAGCCAACUGUCGACAAAUGCUCAUGUAGUGUCCGCGUUCGAGCAAUCUUUGUCCAACAUGACACAACGUUUACAACAACUUACUGCAACGGCGGAAAAGAAAGAUUCCGAACUUCAAGAAUUAAGAGAAACUAUCGAAAGGCUUCGCAAGCAAAGCGCGGAAGCUGGUUUAAACAACGGACCACCCGCGAACAACGGUCGCCGUCACACCCUCGGCGAUUCCGAUUCUGGGACGACAGGCUGCACUGGUAACAGCAACCAUCAGGGUGCUUCGAUGGCGAGACAGUUGUCCGCGGAUAGUGUCACUUCGUUGAACUCGUUGAGCAGCGCCUGUUCGGCCAGCAGCCAUCACAAGAAGAAAGGUUGGCUUCGUAGCUCGUUUUCAAAGGCUUUCUCGAGAUCACGGAAGAACAGGCAUGGCUCCGUUUCCGACGCCGAAGAUUGCAAGGAGAGCGCUAGCGGAGACCUGAGCGCACCGAACAGCCCUAGAUUGCCGAGCGCCUCCAAACACGACUCUUCCCGAGCUCAAGGUACUCGAAGUAACGGACAGAAAUCACCCGAAGUGGAGAAUCCAUUGACCGGAAGCAAAAGCAGUUCGGCCUUGUAUAAAAAAGAGGACGAAGACGUGGUGGAACUGAAGAAACAGCUCAGGGAAAAGGAUCUUGUGUUAACAGAUAUUAGACUCGAGGCUCUGUCAUCGGCGCAUCAACUGGAAUCGUUGAAAGACACUGUUAUCAAGAUGAGGAACGAAAUGCUUAAUCUGAAGCAAAACAACGAGCGUCUGCAGAGAUUAGUAACGUCAAAAUCCUUAACAUCCUCCCAGUCGUCACUGCCUAGCGAUCCAGACAGACGUUUCAGCAUGACAGAAGUAGCUUCCACUGUUGCUGCGCUUUCGAAUGGCGAUACCAGUACGACGGCAGACCAGUUAGAAGAUUUAAAUGUACCGGAACACCCAGUAGUCCCAUCAACCACCUCAACUACAGGAGAACCAACUUUGGAACAAGAUACGGAUGGGAAAAGGAUUAACGUUGCCAUUUAUCUAGGUAGCGAGAAAAAUUUCAACUAUAAUCUCGUAACUGGAAGCACGUCGGAUGGCAGCAUCGGUGAACCUCCUCAUUGUAUUAUCGCGAGCGUUUGCAUCAGCAACAAAACUACAUGGGACUCCCUUGAUUCUACUGUAAGGCGAUGCUUCAAGGAGUACGUUUCGAGAGUCGAUCCUGUGACAAACUUGGGUCUGGGAGUCGAAUGCGUCGCUGCUUAUCACCUUGGAGAAGCUUCUAGGUGUACCACGGAUUCCCAGCAUCCAGAGUUACUUCCUUGCGGUUACUUGAUCGGCCACGUGAAAACCAUUUAUCUGGUGCUUUCCGGUUACUCAUGGCUGGCUGUGGAUACUCUCAUACCACGGUCCAUUGUGCAGCGAUUGAUAUCUCUGCUAACUGAACAUCGUAGAGUCAUUCUGUGCGGACCCAGUGGUACCGGCAAGAGUUAUUUAGCUGGAAAAUUAGCUCAUGCGUUGGUCGAUGCCGAUAACGAUACAAAGGAUGCCACGGCGGUAGCCACGUUCAAUGUGGACCACAAGUCCAGCAAAGAACUCAGGCAAUAUCUCGCGCAUAUCGCCGAAAGAUGUGAUUCAAACGCAGCUGACGAACUACCAAGGGUAAUCAUCCUCGAGAACUUGCAACACGCCGCAUCUUUAGGAGAAUUAUUUAGUGGCCUGCUUGGUACUAGACAUUCAUCUUGUCCAGCUAUUAUUGGCACCAUGAGUCAGGCCACUUGUAGUACCACGAAUCUUCAGUUACAUCACAAUUUUAGGUGGGUGCUUUGCGCUAAUCACAUGGAACCAGUUAAGGGAUUCUUAGGACGUUAUCUCAGGCGGAAGCUGUUGGAACACGAGUUGCGUGAGUGCGGCGGAACUAGAAACGCAGAAAUGGCAGCAGUUGUCGAAUGGUUGCCCCGGGUGUGGCUACAUCUCAACAAGUUCCUAGAAACCCAUAGCAGUUCCGAUGUGACAAUAGGACCGCGACUAUUUCUGUCCUGUCCGAUGGAAGUAACGGGUUCUCAAGUAUGGUUUACGGACUUAUGGAACUACUCUGUAGUACCUUAUCUGGUAGAAGCAGUCAGAGAAGGUUUAACACUUUACGGUAGACGCGUGAGUGGAAAUGGAAAUGGAGAUUCAUCCUGGGAAGACCCGGCUCAAUUUAUCACAUCGAGUUAUCCCUGGAUUUCUACGCACGCGGUACACGGUGGUAGCGAUGCUCUUCUUCGUUUACGGCCUGAGGACGUUGGCUACGAUGUUGUUACGUCUGGACACACUUCCGGAGUCGGCGCAUCUAGUGUGAAAAGCCUUGGUAGCACACAUAGCGAUACAGAAGGAGAUCCACUACUGAAUAUGUUGAUGAGGUUACAGGAAGCAGCCAAUUAUUCGAGUCCUCAUAGCAACGACAGUGACUCGGUUACCUCCCUUGACUCGUCGCACACUCGACAGUCCGAAGAUUUAAGUUCAUCGACAUCUUCGUCGAGAGGCGUAGAAUCAGCACUUUAAUUCAAUUCUGCUCUCAUUAAUGAAAAUGAAACACAACUUCUGAAUAUAAUCGUGCAUCAGGCCAGUUUGUAAUAUUCAGUUUGAAGAAUAACAAUUUAUACCUAUUUGGCCGUAUGAGAAUAAAUGCAUACGAAAAUUUGAAAUGAAAAAAAAAGAAGGAAAAGAAUCAAAAAUAAAUUUUGAAUACCUUUAGGAUAUAAAUCUUCUCUUUCUAACUUUUUACGACAAAAAAAUAUCAAAUGUUAAACGAUCGAGCUAUAAGCGAGGACUAAGGUAUUUUCAGCAGUGUGUGAUAUGAUACUCUUUAUAAAACAUGUCCUUCCAUUUGCUUUUACACGAGGCGACAAUGUGCAUUACAAAUGAAAUUAAAAAUGUCGAGAAAAAUUUUUCAAUGCCUACAGCUGGCCUAUAUUUAUUCUAGAUCUUUAUGUGCGUCAUGCACUUCGGUGUGAUAUGUAAUUAAAUAAGUAAGAGACAAGCAAGCGAUACUUCUAUGUUCUUUGAAUAUACCGACGUAUGAACGCAUACGUCGUCACGCGAUGCAAUAAUCUACGCUGCCGUUACGGAAGUACGAGUCUAUUUUAAACAGAUACAUUUCUAUGAUCAAAUCAAAUACGAUUAAGUGUAGCUUAACGCGAAUCUACUCGAGAAAUUUGGAUGGAAUAUACAACAGUAUUAUCAUAGGGCGUAAAAAUAAAGGGCUUCGAACUGAGCCAAGAUUUAGGAUCGAGGAACCACCAUUCCUCACGUCCACUACUUUCAGGUAAUAGCUUAUCGUAUUCGAUAUACGGAUCUCAUGGACGGACCGCUCAACAGAGUAUUGUUUCGCCUUCAGAAAUACAGCGCAGUUCGAAGUGAGUAUGUACUGAUGGGUGUGCGUGCAAAAAUAGUCUAUUUAUACAUACUUUGCUACGAAAUCUCUAUUUAAUUAAAAAAUGUUAAUAUAAUAUAUUAUAUAUAUACACACAACCUAACGAUGAUGGCGCUAAAUUUAUGUUACGAAUAAAGUUUAUAAUUAGCCAGUAAGAUACGUGAGUAAUAUUCUGGUCAUGUAACAUUGUAAAUACAAAAUACGAAUGGAAUGUACGAUGACGCUAGAUGCAAAUUUGAUUCGAAGUCCCAUAGUAGCCUGCAAGAUCAAUUUUGGUUAUGGCGUGUAAAGUGUAUAAAAGAAAAAAGAGACGGAAAGCAAAGGAAUUGAAUGCUUUAUGUGCAAUUUAUCAGAUUGCAACGUACCAACUGCCAGAAGCCAAAAUAACAGAAAAUAGCACAGGCUACGCCGAAUAUACAUAGUGUACAUGUUUGAUAAACCUUGAAGUCGAUUUCAGAUUUUGAUCAGUAUCACAAUGUCCAUGAAUACGAUGUGCAUGUAAUAAUUAUACAGUCACAUUUACAGGUUUUUUACGUUUGUACCGUAUUUAUACGCUGUACGACGCUGCACUGGACCUUUAUCCAAAUAACGAUAAUUAUUGUGUCAUCAAAUAAAUCACACUAAACUUCA